AAAUUUCUUCUCUUUGAGCCUGUACUCACUAGCCUAACCAUCAGAGCAUAUGCAAGAUGCUGCGGAGAGCAGGUUUUCUGGCUGCCCAAGUUCGGAGUCCAAGCGUCAAGUUCAAACCAGCUCUUCAAACAUGGCUGGUACAGUAUGCUUACCGGAAUCCGGUCGCCAAUGUUGUGUCGCAGAAGCGCCACAUGGCGGAUAACACUUCGGUGCCGCAGAAAGACUCUCAAUCGAAAGACAAAGACUAUCACGGCGCCUGUCACUGCGGCGGAAUUAAAGUUCACCUGAGAACCCAGAAGACACCAUCCGAGCUCGGAUCCAGGGCCUGCCAGUGUAGCUUCUGCAGGCUGCACCGCGCAUCAUUCACCUCUGAUGCUGCAGGCGCCCUCACCAUCAAAACCUCCGGCUCGGUCAAUCGGUAUCGCAUGGGGACAGGCACCGCGGAGUUCUACAUCUGCACGAACUGUGGCGUUGUUCCUGCUGCGACAUGGAAGAGUGACGAGGGAAAGUUGCUCAGCGUCGUGCGCGUGCAAUGCUUGGAUAUCCGGGACGAGCUCGAAAAGUAUGAUAAGAAGUGGAGUCUUGAGCAUGAACUGGACAAUCCUGAAGAGCGGUUCAGUCGGCGGUCGCGCACUUGGACGCCUACGGAAAUCGAAAAGUGAGCUGGAAAUUCGAGAGAUGUGGCAAUUGAAUUGUAAAGUGCUCUCAAGUUUGUAAAUGCUUUGCACAGUGUGUCGGAAUACUAUUACAUGCUAUUCUAAAGCUCUCCCUUCCAAGGCCCCAAAGGAAGUGACUCAUGCUUAAACCUCAUAUCAUGUUCAGGUUCGCUAUGGAGCACAUGUCGC